AGGCGUUGAACUUUAGGAGAUUUCCCGCCCUAAACUUGAGGUGCUUUGACGAAGAAAAUAGAUCCACUCCAUUGGCCGAAAACGAGACCAAAAACAACAGGGCGGACAAAAAACAAAGUGAUGACGUCAUAUUUCCUCACCAUCAUUGAUCUGCUGCCGGGAGGAAGGGCAGGUGGAACUCAAUUGCUAGCAAGGCACUUACUUGCCUUUCAUCAUCGCCUCCAUUGGCGCGUCAUUCAUUGUGUUUUAAAGCAGCUGUCGAUUUGGACCAAUCUUCUACCUGACUUCUCUCCCCUCCCCCCCCCAUCAUCAACACAACAAAACAUCAAACCAUCACGAUAUCAACAACGACUUAAAUCACAGCAACUACACCUACCUACAUCACAAUACUUCCUCAACAGCACACAUCACCAUGUCAGCCGCCAGAUCUCUCACCACCCUCCCCAGUGUCCUCAGAUCCCGCCUUCCUCAACGAACCAUCCUCCCCGCCUGCCGCCAACAAGUCCGCCAUGUCAACACCGACCGCGAAGAGCUAGGCGGAGUCGGGGGCUCAGAACCCCCAAGCCCAAAGAAGAACCCCGUCAAUUGGAGAGCCGGAACCAUCACUGGUGUCGGAGUAGGAAUUGCCUGCGGGUUGAUGCUCUGGUCCAAGAAGAAGGACGCCAAGAUAUAAAUUCACCG